CUUCGCCGUGCGGAGGAACGGGCGGUUUCCAAACUGGUCGCAGGAAUUAGGCGUGUGUCCGCGUCUCGCGAGUGGCGUGGGCUGGCUGAAGCCGGUAGUUGAGGCAGCUGUAGUGGGAGUGUUCGAGCGUCCGCUUGGUUGAAGUUGAAGCUUGCUGUUGAAGAUGGCAGACCCUGAUGUCCUCACCGAGGUUCCAGCAGCAUUGAAGCGGUUAGCCAAGUAUGUAAUCCGGGGCUUUUACGGCAUUGAGCACGUGUUGGCUUUGGACAUCUUGAUCCGCAACCCCUGUGUAAAAGAAGAGGACAUGCUGGAGCUGCUCAAGUUUGAUCGGAAGCAACUUCGAUCUGUUUUAAAUAAUUUAAAGGGAGACAAGUUCAUCAAAUGCAGAAUGAGGGUAGAGACUGCUGCCGAUGGGAAAACCACGCGCCAUAACUACUACUUCAUCAAUUAUCGCACUCUGGUUAACGUAGUAAAAUAUAAACUGGACCACAUGAGAAGGCGGAUUGAAACGGAUGAGAGGAACUCCACCAAUCGGGCCUCCUUCAAAUGUCCUGUCUGUUCCAGUACUUUCACUGACCUAGAAGCUAAUCAGCUGUUUGAACCUAUGACAGGAACUUUCCACUGUACCUUUUGCCACGCAGAGGUAGAAGAAGAUGAGUCAGCAAUGCCCAAAAAAGAUGCUCGCACACUUUUGGCGAGAUUUAAUGAACAAAUUGAGCCCAUUUAUGCAUUGCUUCGAGAGACAGAGGAUGUCAACUUGGCCUAUGAGAUACUUGAACCAGAACCCACAGAAAUCCCAGCCCUGAAGCAGAGCAAGGACCGAGCCGCAACUGCUACUGGAGCUGCUGGUCUGGCAGGUGGGCACCACCGGGAAGCCUGGACCAGCAAAGGCCCCUCUUAUGAGGACUUAUAUACUCAGAAUGUUGUCAUUAAUAUGGAUGACCAAGAUGACGUUCAUCGCACCUCACUGGAGGGGAAAUCUGCCAAAGAAAGGCCCAUUUGGUUGAGAGAGAGCACUGUCCAAGGGGCAUACAGUUCUGAAGACAUGAAGGAAGGUGGCAUCGAUAUGGACACAUUUCAGGAGCGUGAGGAGGCCCGUGCAGGGCCCGAUGACAACGAGGAGGUCAUGCGGGCUCUACUCAUUCAUGAGAAAAAGACGUCUUCUGCGGCAGCUGUCUCGGUGGGAGCAGCCGCCCCGGUGACGGCUGCCAAUGGCAGCGAUUCGGAGAGUGAGACCAGUGAGUCGGAUGAGGACUCCCCGCCCCGGCCGGCAGCUCUGGCUAGCCAUCAUCGGGACGAGGAUGAGGAAGACGGUGAGUUUGAGGAAGUAGCAGAUGACCCCGUUGUUAUGGUGGCUGGCUGCCCAUUCUCCUACAGUGAAGUUAGCCAACGGCCAGAGCUGGUAGCCCAGAUGACACCAGAGGAGAAGGAAGCGUACAUAGCCAUGGGGCAGCGAAUGUUUGAGGACCUCUUUGAGUGAGCUCUCCUUGCUCUCUCCUCAUCCUGUUAGCUCAUUUCAGAGAGAAACUCCCCACCAAGUGCUUAAGUGGCUUCCUGCCCUCUUGAUGGAAAGCACCUAGUAAUCUAGUACAAAAGCAUAAUAGGAGAGAAAGUUGGCUUUUUUGUUUGUUUUUUAAUAUCAGAAACUUUCAAGAAAGGUAGGUGGGCUAUAAGUAUUCCCUUCCUUCUUUUUACUAAAGUAUUAAUAUUUUUCUGUAAUUCCUUAUCUAAUUUUUCCCUUCAUUCUGAAGACCUAUUUCUCUCACUGUUUACCUACAGACCCUAGGAUGAACUUACCCUAGUAUAAGUGUUUUCAGGUCAAGCAUCUGAAAAAAUUCCUUGUCUUGCCAACCAAAGCAGUUUACCAAGAAGCAGAUGACUGGUUAGGGGAACCCCAAACACUUCAUCUUUCCUCCAAAUUGAGUUUGGGGACAACCUGUAAAGGAGAGAGAGUGCAGGAGACAGAGAGAAAGGAGAGGAGAGCACGCCCAUGUGCCCAGGUUUACAGAUAGCAGAGCAGGCUGUGUAGACCCUCAUGAAGAAAUGAGAGGAGAGCACCCACAUGUGCCCAGGUUUACAGACAGCAGAGCAGGCUGUGUAGAAGACCCUCAUGAAGAAAUGAGAGGAGAGCACCCACAAGGGCGAAGAGUCUGUGUCCAGGACUGAAGAACUGAGAGCGUGGGGACAGUGCCUUAGAACUGCCCCAGUGUGUUCUGUAAACCUGCCAUGUAAAGCUGAGCCUGGUCGCACUUCCCUCCUGGUCUAGAGGCCUCUUGCCAGUGCUCUCAAUUACGGAGCCCUUCCAGUAGAACGCAGUAGAGAAUUGUUGAUGGCUCCACUCUCCCUCUGGUCUUCUAAACACAUCAGAGCCCUUUGUCAGACAUUGUAUUCUAGUGCCUCCCCUGUGUUGUUGAGCAUCGUACCUCAAGGAUCGUAGUCAUGGAGCAUGGUGUUAUCCCUGAAGGCAGAACUUUAAAGAUAAAGGGCUUUCAUCUAAGGUCUACAACCAUUACAUUUUGCAGUAUUUUCUCUUCCAUUGUGACUUUUAAUUAUCAUUUUGUAGUCUAUGUGUGAAACAAAGAGCAUUGUAGAGUAUCUGAGCCUUGUAUAAAGUGAUAAUUCCUUUACCUGGUUGUUGGAUGACUGAAUAUUAACAGUCUACUUAUUAUUGUUUAAAAUUUGUUAAUUUCUAGCUCUAACAUCUUGGAGCAUAACUAGAAUGUAUACUCUUCCCAUUUAAAGAUGUCAGAGACUUCUGGCCAUCAUCUAAUAUCAUAGGUACAAUUGGAUGCCAACUAAACUUUUGGGGGGGGGCAAUGAAUUACCCUAAAAUACCUUUUAUGUGUUUAUCUUUUAAACACAUGAAUUGUUCAGCUUUUAAUUUUUUUUAAACUUUCAUGGUUCUAGAAAGAUGUUACUUUUUAAAACAUGAUUAAUGUUUAAAAUCUGUUCUUUGUUGCAUUUUAUAUGAGUAUGUGUAUGAGUGUGCUUUUCUAUUGUGGAAAAAUGUAUUAAUAAAACUCAUUAAAGCAGUGUUUGAAUUAGACUAGA